AUGAUUGUAUUGAAUUGUACUAACUCACUCUCGACAACUAUGAAAUGGAGAAUAAUGAAUUGUACUACUGUGUGUUCAUAUGAAAUCCAACCAAAUGCUGCGAUUAAAACGAUAUAUAGUGAACUUUAUAUUCCAGCAAGAACGUUAGAUUAUGGGACUUACGAGCUAAUAUUAACCGUAACAAUGCUCAAAUCUCCUAAUAUGAAGUCAUCUUCUUCAGUCUACGUGAGAAUAGUUGCAUCAGAUAUCAAAGUAAAUCUUCUUCAAUUGGGAACAUCAGCUAUAACACAUGGUACUCAGCAAGAUCUUAUUCUCAAUCCCGGAGUUUAUUCUGUUGAUCCUAAUGAAGAUUCGUUUGAUGCCAGUAAUUGGAAAUAUUCAUAUUAUUGUCGAGUGUACGAUUUGUAUAAUUUUCCAAACAUUGGAGGUGUUUUACUGACAAUUGAAAAUUCUCAAAAUGAUCCCAAUAAUCCUUCAUGUUUAACCAAUCGAACAGACAAUGGCAGUGGAUUGAGAUUUGAAAAUUCAACCGAUUCACCGAAUUCAUCGUUAACGAUUCUUGCCGGUUCACUUCAACAAAAUCAAACAUAUCAAUUUCUGGUUAUACUUGAAAAUAAAAUCAAUUCUUCAAUUCAAAUGACAGGAUAUCUACUUGUACAAAUUGUCACUACUACUCCACCAUUCAUUGCUCUUGGUUGUGUUAUUUCGUCAUUAUGUUCUUCAAAUGGUGAAUUUCAACUUGUUAAUCCAACAACUCAACUUAGUUUAUUUACUCUCUGUAUCGGAACUUGUACAAAUAUUCAAAGUAUCUAUUGGAAUAUUUAUCAAAGUUCAUUUGUCAAUUCAACCCAAUGGACAUUAUUUAAUCAAACUCAUUCUUACGAGAAUAUUUGGUUCUUCGCGCGUAAACGAGGAUUACAGUUCGAGAAAAAAACAACAUUUCUUUAUGAAAAUUUUCUUCUAUUAGGAAUAAAUACAAGUAAUAUAACAACAACAAGUGAUUUGUUUAUAAACAAUCCACAAAUAAAUCUUUGGAAAUUUGAAGUUGUUUAUACAUUUCUCUCGACAACAAGUACAAGUGCAUUGAGUUUUAUUCGAAAUCAAUCUCCUUAUAAUGGUUCAUGUUCGAUUUCUCCUUUAAAUGGAACAAUAACAACAGUAUUUACAAUUUCUUGUUCAAAUUGGAUCGAUGUCAAUGUAAUCAAAGAUUAUUCAUUAUAUAUAUGGACAAAUGAUAUAUCCAAACGAAUUAUGAUCGCAUAUUCAUCAAUAUCAUCUUUUCAAGUUCGGUUUCCUACUGGAAUCAAUGAAACAUCAUUUGUUAAUGUUAUUAUUGAUAUUCGAAAUCUACAGAAUUGUAUAACACAAAUGAAUUUAACAUCUGUUUAUGUUCAAGUUGAUUCUGAGUCAAUCAAUGAUUUAAUCAAUAAUUUACAAAAUUCAUCGAAUUUGAUAACGAAUAAUCCAAUUGUUCAAUUACUUUCAAGUCAAAAUACAAAUGUUGUUGGACAAAUUCUCAUAUCGAUUUGUCAACAAUUGAACAUGAUGAAUAAUCAAUAUUUAAAUGAAGCUCUUUCAAAUGGAAUUCCUCUUGCAACUAUUUCUGUUUCACCAUUAGGAAGUGAAUAUUCUGAUCAAAAUUUCAUUUCAUCGAAUGAAACUGCAUUAAAUGAAUUUAAUUUGAAAUUAAAUCGUUUAGCAAAUGCAAUCGAUUAUCUAAUAAUAUUUCUAACAGAACUUCCCAUAACAACAAUCAAUAAUCUUCUAUUACAAUCAUCAACAUUCGCUCAAUUAACUCAAUCAACAAAUCAAUUAACACGAGCAACUUUAACCAUCGCAUCAAAUCGAUGUUAUCAAUUAUCACUUGCUUUAUCGUCAUUGGCAGGACAAAUUCCUUAUGAAUAUAUUCAAACAGCAGCUAAUCAACUUCUACAAUGUACAACGAAUGUUUUAACAGCUGUUAAUGGACCAAUUCAAGGGCGAACAAAUGUUCUGGAUUUGGAUCUUUCUCGUUCGAAUCCUUCGAGCAAUUCUUAUGACACUGAUCUUGAAGCUCAAUUGUCAAAUUUAAAUUUAUUUGGAUCAAAUGAAGAUUUAAUCGAAAAAAAUCGAAAUCUGUAUUAUCAAAAACAGUUGUCGAAUGAAAUCAUCAGUCAAUCGAAUAAAAUCAUUUCAUUAAUCACAUCUUCAUUAAAGAUUUACAUGAACACUGGCCAAAGCUUUUCAAUCAAUACAUCUCAAACAUAUAUGUUCUUAGAAACCAUUUCAAUUGGAUCAAUUGCUGAUAAAAUCAUCAAACAAAUUGGAAAUGCACAAUUUCAUUUUCCAUCUGAUUUUAUUUUCAAUAUAACGAACAAUUCAUCAUCAAUUUCACUUCGAUCGAAAAUGGAUCCACUUGCUCCAUAUGGAAAUUUUUCGAAUACAAAUCUUUCGAAUACAGUUUCACUUACAAUUCUUGAUGAAAAUGGAAAUGACAUUUCAUUAAAAGUCAAUGAAACGAAUGAAAUCCGCAUAAUCAUUCCACGUGAUACGAAUUUUGUUCUUUCUUCAAUGAAUUUACAAAAUGUGACAUCAAUGAAUUCAACAAAAUCAAAGUCUCCAUUCAAUUUUCAUUAUGUGAAUAUCAAAAGUUCACUUUCAAUUUCACUUCAUUUCGAAAUUCAACCUAUAAAUGCAACUCCUGCUUAUUUAUUUAUUUAUAAAUUCGAUCAAACACCACAAUUGAACAGUUCAAUUUAUUCUCUCGAUGGAUGGACACUUUUUUGUCCUUCAAAUUUAACAAUCGAUCAUAUUUACAAAUAUUUCCUUGAUAAUCAACAAACAUCUUCUCAUCAAUCAUUCAUUUUUGGACUUCGAGAAUUAAAUUCUACAGAAAUGAAUAUUUCUUGUUCAAAUAAUACUUUACCAAUCACCGAUGAACAAUUUCAAUUUACAACAAAUUAUCAAUUGAGAAUUUAUACAUCCGGUUGUUAUUAUCUUGAUGAAAAUAAUAAUUGGAAAUCCGACGGUGUACGAGUUGGAUCAUUAACGAAUCAUAACGAAACGGAAUGUUAUUCAACACAUUUAACAUCAUUUGCUGGUGGUUUUCUUGUUUUACCAAAUCCAAUCAAUUGGAAUUAUGUUUUUGCAAAUGCAAGUUUUUCCAAAAAUCCCACAAUUUACUUAACAAUCAUAAUAACUUCACUGUUUUACAUCAUUUUAAUGAUUUAUUCCCGAUACAAAGAUAAAAAAGAUAUUGAAAAAUUGGGAGUGACUCCAUUAAUUGAUAAUGAAAAAUCUGAUGAAUAUUAUUAUGAAAUUCUUGUAUUUACUGGUCAACGAAGAAAUGCAGGAACAGAAUCAAAAGUUCAAUUUGUUUUAUCCGGUGAAAAUGAUCAAACAAAUGUUCGUCUUUUUUCUGAUUCUCACCGAAAACUUUUUCAACGUGGUGGAAUCGAUGCUUUUAUCAUGUCUGUACCCAAAUCAUUGGGAUUGUUAAAUUAUCUUCGUAUUUGGCACGAUAAUUCUGGUCAAGGUGAUUCAGCAUCUUGGUUUUUGAAAUAUGUUAUCGUUCGAGAUUUACAAACAAUGGAUAAAUCUUAUUUCAUUUGUCAACGAUGGUUCGCUGUUGAAAAAGAUGAUGGAAAAAUCGAACGAACAAUUCCAGUUGCCGGAGGAUCCGAACAGAAAGAAUUUUCAUAUAUUUUAUCGAAAACAGCUUAUCGAAAUGUCUCCGAAACACAUUUAUGGUUUUCAAUCUUUUCUCGUCCACCAUCGAAUAGAUUUACACGAACUCAACGAUGUACUUGUUGUUUCGUUUUACUUUUCGCUGCAAUGGUUAUAAAUAUCAUGUAUUACGAUUUAUCAUCUGCAGCAAAUUCAUCUAAUCAAACUCAAAGUGCUUUUCUAUCAUUUGGACCGAUUUACAUCACAUCACAACAGAUUGGAAUUGGAAUCAUGUCGGAAUUAUUAACAUUUCUUCCCAGUUUAUUAAUUGUUCAAUUUUUUCGUCGUAUUCGACCUCGUCGACACAUUUAA